AGAGUGAAAGAACUGACACUCGCACUCGCUCGCUCACACCGUCGCCCGGACAACCAGCCGUAGAGGAGGGGGAAGAGGGAAAAGGAAGAGAAAAUAGAAAUGUAGGGGAGAGAGGUUUUUUCAUUCUCUCAGUCAGUUCCCUGGAAAUCCUAGCUAACAGAACUCAAAGUGUCGUCUCUGCACCUCGUGGACCAACCAGUGAAGACAAGACCUACGACUACAAGGAGAGUCGAGUUCCGAUCAAAGAACUGUGUUCGGAGAAAGACAAGGCACCCGUGCGUGUACAACAAGGAAAGAGGUACUGGACUGGACAUCACCGUCAGCUUAACUCCUCUCCCAGGCACAGGGGUGGCGAUGGAAGCGGAGGAUGAGCCCUUGUGGCUGCAGGAAGACUGGGACCUUGAGGAGGACGAAGGGCAGGAGGAGGAAGAGGGGAAUGAAGAGGCAGAGGGGCAGUGUGGUGCCGAGGCUAAGGCCGAUGCGCUUGGGGGGGUGUGGGGGGCAGUAGGCUGGGUGUAUACUCAGCCCUGGGUCAGUGCACUGGUCCUGGGAGCUGGAGUUCUGCUGCCCUGCGUCCUCUCAGCCUACAUGUUCCUGUACUGCUCUCCCUUAGACAUCGACCUGUCUUACAGCGCCUUUGAAGUGCGCAGCCACUCCUCUGCCCAGCGCUUUGAUGCUCUCACCGUGGCUCUGAAGACCCAGCUGGGGUCCUGGGACCGGCGCCGACGUGACCUGGAUGAUUAUGCCUCUCAGGCCCUCAGAGACUUACUGCUGGACAGGCUGAGCAAAGUCAGAGGUGGAGCCAAUAAUGAAAGCAGGAUCUCAGAAGCUGUGAGACACUUCCUGCUUGAUGGACAGGAUUUGAACACUGAAAGUGUUACACUGAACAGUUUAGGAAGAACAGAAGAGAGGACCUUAAGACAAAGGGGUGCAGUGGGAAAGAAUGAGGAAGCUGCCAUUAAAGACACUAUGGUGGGAGAAGGGAAGAGGGAGAGAGGUAGUUCUACAGCCAACGUGGGAGAAGAAGAAACCCCAGAAGCCAGAAAGAGGAAGGGUGAUGGGGACAGAGGAGAGUCUCUGGUGAGGGCACCUCGGUCUGUGGGGGGAGCUCCAUACUACUCCUACCUGCAGAGCCAGGCUUUGUGGAGGAUGGAGCUGGUUUUCCUGGCCCAGGGUGGGCGGGACAACAACAUCUUCACACCGGAACGUCUGCACACCAUCCACAGGGUGGAGCGGCUGGUCAUGCAGCACCCCCAGUUUCAUAAGUUCUGUUGGAAGCCCCUGGAGGUGCUGAGGGACCUGCCCCUGGGGCCUUCCUACUGUUCCCCGCCCAGCUCCCUCCUCUCCUACCUCUUCCCCAGCGAGCGAGGAGGGAAGAUCUACUAUGACGGCAUGGGCCCUGACCUGGCUGACAUCCACGGGGCCUUGAGUCUGGCCAUCACACACCCGCAGUUCUACUGGUAUGUGGAUGAGAGCCUGACGCCUGACAACCUGCACAGCUCCCUCCUGCGCAGCGAGAUCCACUUUGGGGCUCCCCUGCCCUCCUUCUUCUCCCUGCAAGACCGGCCGGAGGAGCAGAGGCGUCGCUUCCGCAGCUUUGUGGUGGAGUACGCUGACAUUCUGGCCCGCCAGUCCACCAGUCAGGUGAAGGUACUGUAUGGGGGUACGGAGCUCUUUGAUGAUGAGGUGAGACGCACCUUCCACAGUGACAUGCUUCUGGCCCUCAUUAGUGGGGGUUGCAUCACUGCGCUGGUCUACAUCCUCACCUCCUUCUCCGUGUUCUUAACCUUCUUUGGGCUUGCCAGUAUCGGCCUCAGCUGCCUCAUGGCCCUUUUCCUGUACCACGUAGUGUUUGGCAUUCCCUACCUGGGCAUCCUUAACGGAGUGGCAGCCUUCGUCAUCAUUGGCAUUGGUGUGGAUGAUGUUUUUGUGUUCAUCAGCACGUUCAGACAGGCCUUUCAUCUAGUAAAGCCUGACCAGCGCAUGGUCUACACGAUCAAGACUGCUGGGCGGGCCACAUUCCUGACCUCCUUUACCACUGCAGCUGCCUACGCGGCCAACACCUUCUCUCAGAUCCCGGCCGUCCAUGACUUUGGCCUCUUCAUGGCCCUGAUUGUCAGCUGCUGUUGGCUGUGGGUGUCUCUGCUGAUGCCUGCUGCCCUAUGUGUGUGGAGCCAGUGUGUGGUGCUUCAGGAGAGCCGCUGUCUAAAACGGUGUCACUCUCUCCCAGAUGUGUCUAUCAACCACACCCCCUUGUCAGACCAGGAUGAUGACAUUGCUCUUCUGUCAGUUGAAAUUCAGUCAGGUUCUUGUAGUCCUGAUAAUGAUGCCCCCUUGCUGGCUCUGGCAGUGGAGACACCUCCUCCUCUCUCUGGGCAGGGUGGAACUGGAGUGGUCAGUGCAGGCCUACAGCGGGUACUGCAGCACUGGGUGGCAGAGCCAGUGGUGGAGAAACGCAGAAUCAUUGUAGAAUUUUACCCAUUUUUCCUCUUUCCACCACCCCCACCACCAUCAUACAUCUCCCUCUCAGCUUUCUAUGUCCUUGUUCUGCUGAUGUCAGCCGGAUUCUGCUACCUGCUACGACCGGCCAGUCAUGCCCCGCUGCUGUUCCGAUCAGACACAAACCUCCAGACCCUGUUGGAGCUGCGCAGCAAUCUGAGUGCCCAGGGUAUCUCCUGUCACAUGUGCUCCGGUCUGUUCAUGGAGAAGCCACACUCCCUGCGCAGUGCCACCCACCCCUGCCCCUCCUUAUCGGGGGGUCCUCCCCAGCAACAUCCCUCACACCCGUCAAAUUCAGCUGCGCACAACUCGGCCAAGCCAAUCUCCACAGCCACUCAAACAGACCUUCUGCUCACAGUGUAUGUGUCCAAGCUGGAUGUAGGUGCAGCCAUCACCCUCUACCGCUUCUCUUUGAAUGCUAGUGUGCCUUCACCAUGGAAAGCCCUAUCUCCUGGGAAUGGAGAAGUACCGUCCUUCCAGGCUUUCAGCAGACCUCAAAGGAACUUCAGCACACGCAUGACGGUCUGCAUCUCCCACGCCGCCCACCCUCACCCACGCUGGAUGAUUACCUCACGGUCAUGUGACCCCCGCGAUGGGUGGAGAUCAGAGUUCAGCUUUUAUGUGGCAUUAGCUGAGCAGCAACACAGCAGGAAGCUCUACUUCGCCCAGCUGAGACACAGCCCUUAUCCCAGCCGAGUGUGUGCAGCUCCCCCUGGCUGUAUCAUUAGUGCUGGUCCUGAUGGACCCACCCAGGGUGCUUUCUACACUCCACUUCCUACAGACCCAGGACAGACUACAAGUUCCAGAACCUCUGGCUUUAACCCAUGCGGAGGUGGGGCUUGCGGGCAGCCAGCAGUGCGCCCCCUGGUGGACACUGGCGCCAUGGUGUUUGUUGUGUUUGGGAUCCUGGGCGUGAACCGCACACACCGCAAAGACAACCACGUCAUCGGAGACAUGGGCACUGUCAUCUACGACUCCAACUUCGACCUCUUUAAAGAGAUCGGGCACCUCUGCCAGCUGUGCAAAGCCAUCAGUGCCAACACACGCUUAGUCAAGCCUGGAGGAGCCCAAUGCCUACCCUCAGGAAACAGCCUUUCCUCCCUCCUGCCUCUGCUCCAUCCAGAGUGCCAAUCUCUUCCCCAGCCCAACCUACUGCCAGGGCAACUAUCCCAUGGGGCAGUGGGCAUGCAGGGCGGAACAGUGCGCUGGCUGUCUAUGGCUUUCGAAUCUACCACCUACAAGGGGAAGUCCUCUUUCCAGACCCACUCUGACUUCCUCCAGUGGGAGUCGUUCCUGCAGGAGCAGCUCUCAGCUCUCCCCCAGUCCUCCGCUCUGCACCGCGGCUUCCAAACCUGUGAGCACUGGAAGCAAAUCUUCAUGGAGAUCUUAGGUGUGGAGAGCGCCCUCUACAGUCUUCUGUUGUCCUUGGCCAUCUGUAUUGCUGCUGUAUCUAUUUUCACUGCCCACCCACUCCUGCUGUUGCCCAUUCUCCUUACUAUCCUGGGUGUGAUCUGCCUAGUUGUGGCAGUGAUGUACUGGUUGGGCUGGGAGAUGGGGGCGGUGGAGGCCAUUUCCCUCUCCAUUCUGGUGGGCUCGUCUGUGGACUACUGCUUGCACCUGGUGGAGGGGUUCCUGCUCGCCGGGGAGACGGGUCCCCGCAUGUCCAGCCACCGAGCACCUCCUCAGGACCUGUCUGGCCUGCGGCAGUGGAGGACCUUAGUGGCUGUGGACCACGUUGGUGUCGCAAUAGUUUCCAGUGCUGUCACCACAGUGAUUUCCACGGUGCCACUCUUCUUCUGCGUCAUCGUGCCUUUCGCCAAGUUUGGCCAAAUUGUUGCCAUCAACACAGCAGUCUCAAUCCUCUUCACCCUCACUGUUACUGCCGCCCUGCUGGCCACAAUGGGACCAGCUCACUUCAGCCGACCCCCUGGUGCAGUGCUAAAAGCCUGCAUUGCUGUGUUGGGGACAGUGACCUUCGGGGUUGGACUGUACUGGGUCGGGGGGCGAAUGGUUGGCCCACUGCCUUGGCACACAGUCACCACAUAGCAACAAAGUCGUCACACAUGACCAUCACAGUCGCGCUUUCCUGUUCUGGCUUGUGCAGCCAGCGUUCAUUUAAGUUUUGUUCUGAUGUUGCGUGAUGCCGCGUUCAAAGUUUCAGGUACAGCGAGUAUAUCUUUUAAGGACACAAGUUGAUACACAUAUUUUUAUAUAUGAUCACGGUAGCAGUAUUUACGUAAAGGUGGUAUCAAGGUUGGUGGGAUCAAGACAGUCGACAUUAUGCACAUGAAAUAACACAAAUUCAGUCAGUAGGUCUCAGAAGAAGGAAAAAAAUGUCACUGGCAAAAUUAUGGGAAAGUCAGAGUGGUGUUGCCAGGAAACAUAAAUCCUUUAUUGCUCUUUUUCUCUCUCAGGAUAUCACUGGCUCUGCUUUGAGCUCCUGUCCUUAUCGCUGCUGUUAUGGAGCUCUGGCCGACUCCCUCUGGCUUCGGUUUUUAAUUGCCAGGCAAGCAGGCCCAAACAAGGUCUCCCCCUCUGAACACAGACAGUUUGAAACCCUUUCAUUUGUGUGCAACACCUUCACAGGGCCCUCUGACCUGGUGAAAGAACCACUAGAUCUUUCUGACCAAGGAGAAGCCAGUGCAUCUCUAACUAGAACAUACAACUUAUCAUUAAUUACAGAGAUAUCAGUUCCGUUAUCUGACAUGACAACAGCCAAUACAAGAUGUGCUGUUUACAGUGGGUAGAAGUGAAAGAAAAUUGAUAAAAUGUCACUGAAAAGGUGCCGUGUGUCUCAUCACACGAGAAUGACACUGGCAAAGCUUUUCUUCUGUCUGGAUUCAAGCGACUGGGCGGUUGGUAUUGUGCAUGCACCAGCAUGAUUCCCUGAUGACAACUACUGCCUCGAAGAACAAACAGAUGCUCAGAGGCCAGAAAAGAUAGACUAAGAAAAAAAAAGCGCUAACACAGCGGUUGGUGAUGGAGGAAUCGAAGAUAAGCCUUGGUGAUCAAGACUAGAUGUAGCACAGAAAAGGAAAGUAUGUUACUUCCCUUUGACUCACAGUGGCUCUGAUUGCACUCUUUUGUGGCAGACCACUGAUAGAAGAAGAGAUAUUGUACACUGAGAGGCCAUUUUUAUCGCCCAAGUAAAAGGAUGUGUAUCUCCUGGAAUUUACAAUAAUCUGAGAUCCGAUGGGAUUCAAAAGCAAAACAAAGCCUCGUUGCGCCAAUGUAAAUCUUUAAAACUACUCGGCCCUUCACUGGACUUCAACAGCACAACUGGACUUCAAGGGGCACAACUGAUCGCAAAUCAACAUCAACAGCUUCGUCUGACAUUUUCAUCUGAAAAGUACAUUUUGAACAAUGACAAUUUACACACUGUAAAGUCAAAUGUUUACUGGACACAUAAGAAUGUUUGAAGAAAAGUAAAGAUGUCUAUUUAUUGGCUACAGCUUGAUGGUAUUCUUUUACCUUUUGUGUAUCAUAUUUCUAUGAGCAUGUUACAUUGAACAUUCUGUGAGGGGUUUCACUAGCUUCUCUGGUUAUGUUAGUUUCAAAUAAUUUUGUGUGACUUGUAUUGAUUCGUGUCUGUUUGGUGGUAGUAUGGAGUGUUGGAAAACUGGGCUUGUGAGGAAGAGGUUGCAUGUCUAAAAUAUUACAUGGGAAACCACUGUUGUACACUUGAGCAAUGCCUUAAGUGUCCUAUUCAGGUACAUCCAGUAAAUGGACGACAUGUAGAACGUACCAGAUGUAAAUCGCCAUGGAUACGAGCACCUGUCAUGCAAAUGUAAUUGUACUUGCACUUGCACUUGUCAAACUCCCCUGUAAUGGUCUAUUUCAGGGAAUUUCAGACAGGUGUGGACAUGUAGAAAUCUCCUGCUUGGUCUUGUAAGGUCCUGUCGUGCCUUGCUUACAGUUGUGUAGUUCAUGCAGCAACGUGCACUGAACAGUCUCUGCUCACCCAUGGUCUCUGCCUCUUUGCUCCUGUUCUCCUAGUACAACAAUUAGCUCGUUAGCCCCCUUUGAACAAAUGAUUCAGAUAUGAUGCAGCCACUUAGCAUCCUCUCAGACAGACACCCUCAGCCUCCUCCACUUUCUCCUUCACCGUGCUCUUGGUAAUUCACAGAGCUCCUUACGCUGAUGAGGUUAACGCAGAAUAGUCCUCCAGACUGACACUAUCUAUGAGUCCAUCCGUCUUGCCUUGCCAUCGUCAGGAUAAUUACAUUUCUGUUGAGAUAUUCAAAUCAAUUAAAGGGGUUUGUGGGAAAGGUUUUUAAUGGCUGUUAUUAUAAUGUAUGAUGUUUUUAAAUUGGUGGUGGUAUGUAAUAAAGCGAAA